CACUGCCACUGCCUAUAGCUGUCAAGCUGUCACAUUAAUUGUUGUGAGAAUAAAAUCCAGACUACAGACGCAACUCAAAGUAAUUUUCUUUCAAAUUAAAAUCAGAAUGACCGACCCGAAAGCAAGUGGCAGCCAGAAGAAAGCAUCGGGGGCGGUCUGUAAGAUCCUCUCAAACACACCCGAAGAGAUGAACGACCCCAGCCAGAGUCCGGGUAGGCGCCAGCUUCAGAAAUGGUUGGGCCGCCCCAUGAAACUUGUCCUCACUGAUGGCCGCAUCCUGAUUGGCGUCUUUUCGUGCACGGAUCCGCAGAUGAACAUUGUCCUGACCCAAGUCAAGGUGCAUUCGGUGGAGGGUGGGAAGAGCCGAGCCUUGCCCAUCGUCACGGUGGCGCGCAAACACAUUGUGAGCAUCUGCAUUGAGGGCAACUAAAAGCCAGCCCUUCGCUACACAUCGUUUUGGAUUUCCUUAUGAAAAAUAUAUAGAG